CGGCUCCCGGCUGAGGUAGAGCCCUUCUAUGGAAUUCAUCAAGAACUGCUGCAGAGGGUGUUUCUACACUGAGAAAGAAAAGCAUGACUCCUCUCCGGAGAAGGACUCUGAAGCUGCAGCCAAAUAUAGAUCAGAUGUUGUGGAGAAACCUCCUUUGUCUUCUGUGUCAGUGAAACGGCAGGUUGGCUGUUCAGAGGAUUAUCUUCUUUCCAAACUCCCCCCAGGGGGCAAGGAAGUGCCCUUUGUGGUUCCACAAUUCAAGCUUGCCUACAUUCAGCCCAGGAACCUUGGUAGUUCUCACCUUUCUGGAAUUCAAGGCUCUGCUGUAACAUCUUUUGGUGACCGGAAGACAGAACUCUCCAGUGCAUACCAGCAAGGGCCUCUGUUUGAUGUGGUCUAUAACCCAUUCUACCUGCAGAAGCAUCCACCUUAUUCCCCAGAUUUGAUCAGACGCCACCCAGAAAAAUCAGACAAUGGAAAACUAUAUGGUUCAGUUUGUGACUUAAGGAGUAGCACAUUGCCUGGCUCAUCCACUUUAAGUCACUCUAUGUUUGAUCUCACAAGUCCGCCCCACCGAUUCAUGCAGCGAUACGAUUCAGUGUCCAGUGUUCCGAGCAGCACCUCGUCAAGGAAAAAUUCGCAAGGAAGUAACAGGAGUCUAGAUACCAUUACGUUAUCAGGUGAUGAGCGAGAAUUUGGCAGGCUGAAUGUGAAGCUAUACUAUGUUCCCUCUGUGGAACAGAUAUGGAUCACAGUCUUGCAAUGUAAAGAUCUGAGCUGGCCAUCUGGCUGUGGAGAAAACCCUCAUAUUUCUAUCAAGGGAAUUCUUACAUUGUCUAAACCAGUGCAGUUCAAGUGCAUGGCCAAAGAAGCUUCCAGCGAUAUUGAAUUCAUGGAAACCUUUGUCUUUGCUAUCAAACUGCAACUCCUACAGACGGCAAGACUAGUGUUCAGAGUACAGGCUCUGACUCCCAGAAAGAAAACCAUAGGAGAGUGUGCCCUGCCACUGCGGGAACUCAGCACGCACGAAACUGACCAUUGGUUGAUAAUAGCACCUCCUUCCAAAGCAUCAGUGUGUUCUGCAGAACUGAAAAUAGGUACCUGUUUUCAAGCAGUAAAUAGCCGAAUCCAGUUGCAAAUUCUUGAAGCCCAGAACCUUCCAAGCUCAUCCACACCAUUAUCUUUAAAUUUUUUUGUGAAGGCUGCAAUGUUUAGCACUGGAGAGCUGGUUGACAAAAAGAAGACCCGCCUACUGAAGUCUUCCAAUAGUCGAGUGAAAUGGGGUGAAACGAUGAUUUUCCCAGUGAUCCAGAACAAGCAAGGGGUUAACUUUCUCAUCAAACUAUACAGCAGGAGCUCCGUGAGAAGAAAACACUUUCUGGGACAGAACAUCUCCUGUCAUUUGUUUGACAAACAAGAGACGGAUGACAAGAAAAACAGAAGGAAGAAUCUAGUUCAAUAUACUUCAGCUGGGCUUGCUCCCAGCAUAGAGAUCUUCAACAGUAGCUACUCAAAAGUUUUCUACUUCAAAAUGUUUCUGUUCGAAGUUCCCCCUUUCCCCGUUUUCUGUGCUAAAAAACCAUCCCUGAGCAGAAUGUUCUCUGCCCUGAGCUUUGCAGAUCCCUUGUGUUCGGAGUAG